AUGGGGGAUCUCGGGUUGCUUGGACAGACAUCUCUUCAGGAUUCGCCGAGACAUUCUCCCACUGUUAGGAGUAUGCUGGAACUGAGACCUUUAUUGUCUGAUCUUAUGAGAUGUGAUAUAGGGAAUGGCAAGGUGGCAAGAGUUUCUGGUCCUCGUGGGCUUCGGGUUAGGAAGAGUGCGGUUGUCUUUGAUGCAACUACUAAUGGCUCUUGGAGAUUACCAGCUGCAAGAUCGCAGGAGAUGCAGUCCAUUCAGAUUGCUAUUACUGCAAUAGAGCCACCAGAUUCUGUUAGGGGUCCUGAUCGAUUUUUAUGGCGGAAGUCACCGGAUACUUUCCGUCCAGCGUUCUCUUCUAAGGCAACUUGGGAGUAUUUGCGGACUCCGACACCAACUGUGUUUUGGCAGAAAGCUAUUUGGUUCAAGGAAAAUAUUCCUAGGAACACAUUUAUGGCUUGGUUGGCUCUGCUGCGACGUCUUCCCAUAAAGGACAGACUGCGUAGGUGGGGCUUAAAUGUUCCGGCUGAGUGUGUGCUGUGUUCAUCUGCUCUGGAAACGCACCACCACUUAUUCUUUGAGUGUAGUUUCUCUGCUGCUAUCUGGCAGGGGUUCGCGUCUCAAAUCAGGGGCAACCCUCCCGCGGACCUGCACGCAGCUGCAGCUUGGAUUCUAUCUCCCUCUCGCCUUGUUAGCAGGGACCAAGUCAUUCUCCUAAAGCUCAUCUUCCAAUCGACUAUCUACCUGAUUUGGAAGGAAAGAAACUCCCGCAUCUUCACGUCAGUGUCAACAAGCUCCUCCGCAGUCAGCUUGGCUCUCGACAGACUACUCCGUGACCGGCUUCUAUCAAUCCCAGCUUCAUCUCCAGUCGGCCCUUCUCUCCUCCUCCUUUAUUUUACUUCUUUUAGACCUCCUUAA